AUGCAUUGGGCCCAAUGGUCAGCGCCGAGUCGGGAAUGGCGCCGUGAACAGCGCACGAGGCCGCCUUGGACGGCGCUGGGGCAGGCAAUUUCUUCUGUUUGGCUCCACGGCCCAUGGGCUCGUCGUGUCGCGGGCGGGCGCACCGACGCACAGCGCGGCGCGGGUGCUGGUGGUUGCGGUGGUGGUGCCAUGGUGGUGACGAGGGCGUUCAGCUGUUGCGCGGUGAUCGGGAGGGAUGAGGGAGAGUGGAUGUGCUUGGAGGUUGGGCUGCGGGCGGGUGGUGGCGGACGGCGCUGUUGGUCACUGCACUGCCGGGAGGCUGGUGUGGUCUCUGCGGAAGGAGGCUCUUUCCCUUUCACGAGCCGCUGCAUUCUUCUCCGUACAUACCACAAGAAGGUCACGCACACGCAAUUUACUGCAGUGGGAGUACAUAAUCCUCAUGGCUUCCAUCGUGCUCCGUAUCGCUGGCCGGGGAAAUUACAGCACGCAUGUAAGCAGGCGGGGGGAUUUUGCCCCGGUGUGAGCAUUGCCUGUUUCGGCAGUCGCGCGAUCAUCCAGGCAGGGAGCCUCAAUUUUCUCCAGCAUCGCCCAGAUGCCAGAGCCCCAGAUGCUCUCGCUGGCAGGAUCCAUCGACUCAACGGCUCGGGGGGCCACACAACUUCUCUUGCGACCAGCCACGAUAUGCACGCUCUGCCCGCCACCUUCCCCUCACUUUCACCAGCCGGAGCAGCGACUCCAAAAAUACCACCACCACCACCAACGUCGACGGAGGAGGCUGACGAUCCUUGUGGAGGUCGUCUGGCCAGUACACCGGCGCUCCUCUCAGACCCACAAUUGCUCCGUCCCGCGCCCAUCAUCGAUCCAUCCAUGCCGUCGCCUCUGCGCCCGCAGGGCGGGAGGGCCCAUGGGAUCUCACAUGGCUGCACGUUACACAGCCCCUCCGUGCGGUUCUGCCCAGCACGCGCCAAUGUCCGAAGACGUGCAGGCCGACCGCGCUUCUGCCAACCGAUGUUGUUUCUCUGCGCAACGUUGGCUAGCGACACCGCCGCAAUCCUGUGCCCACGGCCAUCGAUUGCGGAACGGGACCGCGCCAUCCCAACAGGCCCAUGUUGCCCAAAUGCAGAGCCGCAUUCUCGAGCGGCUUCGGCCCUCGAGCUAGAUCAACCAUCCUGA